AUGUCUCCGCAACGCGGGGCCCCAGACGACGGGGAAGGACUGACGUCCCCGCAUUCAUUCGUUGAGUUGAUGAAACUAGAGAGACUGCAAGAAAUCUUGAUUACACAUCCGGAUACCGCAGAGCCAGAAAGAAUUGAACGAUUCCGCUCCGUGGCAGUACCCUAUCCUCCUGGUCAGGGGACGCGCGCCUUCGGCGGCCAUGUCUACGCGCAAUCUGCAUAUGCAGCGUCCAAAACCGUCAGUCCGGGAUUUGUUAUCCAUGAUAUGACGGGUAGCUUCGUCCUUGGGGGUCGUCUCGACACGCCUUAUGUGUUCACAGUGCGACACGUGCGUGACGGUUUCAUGUACAGCACACGCGCCGUUGAUGCACGACAAGAAGGCAAGGUCUGCUUCUCGUGUAUAUGUUCUUUCAAGCGAGAUGAGCGACAAAAUCUCUUUGGUCACCAGCCAGUAUCAGCGCAGGAGCGCUUCGACUCCAUCCUUUCGGCAAAGCGGCCAGAAGAGCAGGAAAUAAGUCCAAGUGUUGACGCAGACUGGUGGAUUGAGAAUGUGCGAAAAGGCAACAUUGCCGAGAUCGAGUUCCCAGGUCUAGAUGUGCGCAAAGUCGACAUGCAGGACUAUAAUCAAGCCGAGGAUAUCAAACAGCAUCCUGAGAAGUAUCGCCAGCUCACGCAAUACCGACUCAAGGGAUCGCCAGAUGAAGACCCCAACGCUACUCUGGAGCAGAUUCGGGAAAGAGAAGAGGCGGGCAAAUAUGAUAAUCUAUAUGCGUGUGCCCAUAUGUAUUCCAGUGACAGGAACUCGCUUCUUUUGAUCCCUCGUGCCCUAGGGAUCAAGAAUUGGACGGAAAUGGGGAGUCUCACACUGACUGUCAUCUUACAUCGACAUGCAGGAGCCUUGCGCAUGAUCGAUUGGGCAAGCGUUAGCGAGGGACAGACCGAGUUGCCAAAGAAGUGGUUUGUGCAGGAGGGUUGGACACCUCAAAGUGCGGAGAAUCGGGGGGUGCACGAAAGUCAUCUUUGGAGCCCUGAGGGUGCGCUGCUUGGUACUUCUUUACAGGACAGCAUGCUUAGACUGAGAAAGCUAGGGAAACCCUCUAAGCUGUGA